GUUUAUGCUCUUGCAGACCCUGUGGCUCCCAGACAAGUUUCGGAAAUGCUAAAUUAAAGUUUCUUUACUACAGGAAUUUUCAAAGCUUUUAAUGUGCUCAUGUGAAAGGAAAACUCAACCAAAACCAUAAGGAAAGUCAAGGUUACUUGCAAAGGGAUGUGAAGGAGUCGGGCCUCACAAGGGCUGCCUCGCCAAAUAAAAAACAGAACACAUUUAAGCAGGAAAAACGGCCAUAUUACCAAGGGUACCAGGUUUACGUUAGUGUGCUUGUGAUGGGAAAGCUUUCCCCACUUGAUUAUCUUAGUCACUGAAGUCAUAUCUCCACCCAUUGGUAACUUACAUGAAAUGAUCCAGGUAUUUUAUGCAUGGUGUGUGUCGGGAAGGAAACCAGUGCCUAUUCUCACAUGACUUGGCAAACAGCAAGCCAUCUACCAUCUGCAAAUACUACCAGAAGGGCUGUUGCGCCUACGGAACUCGUUGCAGGCAAGAACCCUCUUCUGUCGCCAGCUGUUACACUGAGUUCACUACCUUCAGGGAUUUAAAUCCUGGGUCUGGAUGAUGGGAAAACUUUAGUUUAAAAAUACGAUCACACGAGGCCCUCUGCUGCAGCUGGUGGGGCCAUGGGCACUGUUCCCCACGGGGUGCCCUCCCCGGGUUUCCACAGUUCUCACCCUCCUUCCGACCUCACUGCAUCAAUCGUGAAAACUAACUUACACGAGCCUGGGAAACGUGAAAAGAGGACAUUGAUACUUAGAGACCGAAAUCUCUCUGGCAUGGCUGAAGAAAAGACCUGCCCGAGCGUGGUGAGUAAUCUCGGAGGCUGCAGCGACCCGCAGAGCAGCCCGGAGCUGAAGCCGCAUUCCUACCUAGAAGCAAUCAGGAGUGGUCUCGACAGCUUAGAAGCGAGCAGCUCCUACAGCAGCGAGCAGCAGCUGUGCCCCUACGCGGCUGCCGGCGAGUGCCGAUUUGGGGAUGCUUGUGUCUACCUGCAUGGGGAAGUGUGUGAAAUCUGUAGGUUACAAGUCCUGCACCCCUUCGACCCAGAGCAAAGGAAAGCUCACGAGAAGAUCUGCAUGUCAACGUUCGAACACGAGAUGGAGAAGGCCUUUGCCUUCCAGGCGAGCCAGGACAAAGUGUGCAGCAUCUGCAUGGAGGUUAUCCUCGAGAAGGCGUCAGCCUCGGAGCGGAGGUUCGGGAUCCUUUCCAACUGCAACCACACGUACUGCCUGUCCUGCAUCCGGCAGUGGAGGUGUGCCAAGCAGUUUGAGAACCCAAUCAUCAAGUCUUGUCCAGAGUGCCGUGUGAUAUCAGAGUUUGUAAUUCCAAGUGUGUAUUGGGUAGAAGAUCAGAAUAAAAAGAACGAGUUGAUUGAAGCUUUCAAACAGGGAAUGGGGAAAAAAGCUUGUAAAUACUUUGAGCAAGGCAAAGGGACCUGCCCAUUUGGAAGCAAAUGCCUUUAUCGCCAUGCUUACCCUGAUGGGCGGCUAGCAGAACCAGAGAAACCUCGGAAACAGCUCAGUUCUGAAGGCACCGUGAGGUUCUUUAAUUCAGUGCGGCUCUGGGAUUUCAUUGAGAACCGAGAGAGCCAGCACGUCCACAACACUGAAGACGUCGACAUGACAGAGCUUGGGGACCUCUUCAUGCACCUCUCUGGAGUGGAGUCAUCAGAACCCUGAAGAGUAGGUGGUCGCCCUGCGUCUUCGGCUCUACCAGCCGAGCCUUCCCCACGCCAGGGUGUGCAGAGCUUCCUUCACGGCAGACUGGGGUGGCGGGCGUGUCACUUGGAUUUGAGUGGGGUUGUAUUUAACCUCGGUCUCAUCCACUCCAUUAUAACAGCCACGGGAAGAGUGAGGAUACAAAAUAACCUUAACACA